AAGCUCAGAUCUCACACGUGGGACGAGAUGGAACCUCCUGCACAGCUGGACUUCAGCCUGCAGGCUCUUCUGGAACAGCUCGAUCAGGAUGAAUUGAGCAAGUUCAAGUCUAUACUGAGGACACUUCGCAAGGAAAGGGAGCUGCCCCAGGACACCCAGACAGGGAUCGACAAGGCCGAUGGGAAGCAGCUGGCAGAAAUCCUCAUCAACAACUACCCCGGCUACUGGGUGAUGUGGGCGGUCAUCCGGGUCUUUAGCGACAUGAACCGGACAGAUCUGGCUGAGAGAGUAAGGAAUGAACUCAGAGAAGCAGCUAUGAAGUCACUUGAGAAAAACAAGCCUCGAUCACUGGACAUAACGAGGAGAGAGAACCCAAACCGUGCCUACGUGGAUGAAAUAAUACGGCGCUUGGAAGAAAAAAACCCAGAGUAUACAAAAGUACAGAUAAAAGAUAUUACAAACGUUGGAAGAACUAGAAGAAUGCUGAAAAGAGAAAAGCCAGGUAAGGAGGACGUAUAUAGAGGGAUAAUAAGGAAGAAGUUCUGGAAAGCUUGGAUGAACAAUGGGCCUGGAACUGGUGAACACAUUGCCGAUGUCACCCAGAGAGACAAGAUGAUGGUCCCCUUCUGUGACCCGAGGACCUUUCCAGGGGUGUUUCCACGCACGGUGGUGCUCCAUGGCCCCGCGGGCUUUGGGAAAACCACACUGGCCAGGAAAGUGAUGCUGGACUGGACAGAGAACCACCUCGGUCAGUCGUUCAGAUACGCCUUCUACAUUGCCUGCAAGGAGCUCAACCACAUGGCCCCGUGCACCUUUACAGAACUGAUCUCCAGGGACUGGCCCGAAUGGCGGGAUGAACUCCCAGAGGUCUUCGCCCGAGCAAAAAACAUCCUCCUCAUUAUCGAUGGUUUUGAAGAGCUAAAAGUCCCUGAGGGGGCCCUGAUCCGAGAUAUUUGUGCCGACUGGGAGGAGCAGAAGCCGGUGCCCAUCCUCCUGAGCAGUAUGCUGAACGGGAGGAUGUUACCCAUCGCCUCCAUACUGGUCACCACGCGCACUGAGGCCCUGAGGGAUCUCCGGUUCCUGGUGCAAAAGCCCCGCUUCCUAGAGAUCGAGGGCUUCCUGGAGCAGGACAGGAAAGCCUACUUCUUGAAACACUUUGAAGAUGAGGAUGAAGCCCUGCGAGCUUUCGACUUGAUGAGGAGCAACGAGGCCUUGUUCCGCAUGGGCGCGGCGCCCGCGGUGUGCCGGAUUGUCUGCACCUGUCUGAAGCUUCAGAUGGAGAAGGGGCAGGACCCGGCCCCCACCUGCCUGACCACCACGUCGCUGUUCCUGCAUUUCCUCUGUGGCCAGUUCAUGCCGGCGCCCGGUGACUGCCCCGACCACAACCUGCGAGGCCCGCUGAGGACUCUGUGCCUCCUGGCUGUCCAGGGCACGUGGACACAGAUGUGUGUGUUUGACGAGGAAGACCUCAGGAGCCUCGGGGUGCAGGAGGCCGACCUGUCUCCUUUCCUGGACAAGGGCAUCCUGCAGAAGGACAGGGACUGCGAAGGCUGCUACUCCUUCCUCCACCUCAGCCUCCAGCAGUUCCUGGCUGCCACGUUCUACAUCCUGGAGACGGAGGAGGAGGAGGAGGAUGCCCGGGAGAGCCACACGCAGGACAUCGGGGACGUGCAAAAGCUGUUCUCCAAGGAGGAGAGACUGAAGAACCCCAGCCUGACCCAAGUGGGCUACUUCUUAUUCGGCCUCUCGAAUGAGAAGAGAGCCCAGGAGUUGGAGAUGAUUUUUGGCUGCCGAGUGUCACUGAAGAUCAAACCGGAAUUACUGAAACACAAAGCAAAUCUCAAUGAGAAUAAACCCUUCUCGGAGACGGACACGGAGGAGUUUCUGUACUGCCUCUACGAGUCUCAAGAUGAGGGGCUGGUGAAGGACGCCAUGGCCCACUUCAAGGAAAUGUCCCUACACUUGAGAAAUAAAAUGGACAUGGUGCACUCCUCAUUCUGCCUCAAGCAUUGUCAAAACCUGCAGAAAAUCUGGCUGUAUGUAGCAAAGGAGGUAUUCCUGGAGAGUGGUCCUGAGUCGGAACCACACGCUCAGCUUGAGAGAUCCCAGGAUGAUCAACACAUAAUUCCUUUAUGGAGAGACCUUUGCUCCAUGUUCGGCUCAAAUAAGAAUCUGAAAUUUCUGAAGAUUAAGGAAAGUUUCCUUAGUACCUCAUCAGUGCGGCUUCUUUGUGAAGAAAUAGUUUCUACCACCUGUAAUCUCCAGAAAGUGGGCCUCAAAGACAUCUCCCCAGCUGAUUUUUAUCAGAACUUCUGCCACGCUUUAUGUCGUCACAAGAGUCUAACACAUCUGACCCUUCAAGGCAAUGACCAGAAUGACAUGCUUCCCUCAUUGUGUGAAAUCCUGAGACACCCAAAAUGUAACCUGCAAUAUCUCAGGCUGGUUUCUUGCUCUGCUACCCCGGAGCAAUGGGCAGAUCUCGCCUCUGCCCUGGAAACCAACCAGUCCCUGACAAGCCUGAUCCUCAUGGCCACCAAGCUCAUGGAUGCCGGCGUCAGGUUGCUGCACACGACUUUGAGACACCCGAAGUCCUUCCUGCAGAGGCUGUCGCUGGAAAACUGUCACCUUACAGAAGCCUGUUGCAAGAACCUCGCUUCUGCUUUGAUUGUCAACCAGAGGCUAACACACCUGUGCUUGGCCGAGAACACCCUUGGGGACAGAGGGGUGGAAAUUCUCUGUGAGGGCUUGAGUUACCCCGACUGUAAACUGCAGAUCCUGGUGCUGUGGCACUGCAGCAUAACCGACGAUGGCUGCAAACACCUCUCAAAGCUGAUCGAACAAAAAUCAAGCCUGACGCAUUUGGAUCUGGGGCUGAAUCACAUCGGAACUACCGGACUGAGGUCGCUGUGUGAGGCUUUGAAGGAGCCACUGUGUAACUUGAGAUGUCUGUGGUUGUGGGGUUGUUCCAUCACCCGCUUCAGCUGUGAAGACCUUGCUGCUGCCCUCGGCAGCAACCGGAGCCUGAUCACUCUGGACUUGGGCCAGAAUUCCUUGGGGAAUAAUGGGGUGAAGAUGCUGUGUGAAGCCUUGAAACGUCAAAAUUGCCCCCUCCAGACACUCAGGGUGAAAAUAGAUGAAUAUGAUGAUCUAAUGCAGAAGCUACUAGAGGAAAUGAAAGAAAGCAACCCCCAGCUGACCAUUGAAGAGGACCUCUAUGAUCCCAGGAAGAAAAGACCUUCUUCUCAUUACUUCAUUUUCUGAAUCCCCCACAAUCGCUUGUUUACCAGUGAAGUCGGUUCCUAAAUGAAUCUUCAAGGUUUUCCUAUGGAGCUGCCUCAAGGAUAAGUUGAUUGCUGGGCUAGAUGUCACUUACCCUUGGUUCUGCCUCUGGUUUCUAUAAAAGUACGCACGAGUCACUUCACCCUAUAGAUAUAGAAAUGUCUAUGUCACAGGUCUAUUGAGGGAAAUAAAGGUGAGAGCAUUCAUGAAGGAAGCUGUGUGUAUUAAUGAGUUCUGACAAAAAUUAGAGAAUUAGAUACCUUAUUUGGGGAGAACUGAUCCCAGGGAAAAAAGUGACAAGU